GGCUUGGGGGCCGGCGGGAUUUUGGGAUGAGCUUUGGGAUCCCUUCCAAAGCCUUCCGCGGUCCCGCGGCUCGGCCUGCGGAGCUGUUACAACGCCAGGUCGCGGCCUCUCGCGCGUUUCGCCCCGUGGAACGGCGUCGUUCCCCGUGGAAUGGUGUCAACCCCCUUUGUGAGAGCUGCAAAUCCCCAGCUCGCUACAGGCCGGUUUUAAAAAUAACUGUUUCUCGCCAUAAAUUCUGCCCCCCUCCCCGAAGUCGCUGGCCCUGAGUAACUAUUUCUCUCGGGACAGCGACCGAACCUCCCGGGAGAGGUUUCCUCGCUGCUCCAAAGGCAGCUCCCAUACGAUGGCAGCAGAGACCCGCAGCUGCUUUAAGGGAAUUUUUACCCGGAACUCCAUCAAAAGAAGAACUUUCCUCGGCAAAACCGAAGCAGAAAAAAAAUUCAAAAAAUCACCCUCAUAUGUAAGGAUGUGGCAUGGUCUGAUUAAUCAACAAGAGCUGGGCUGCCAUGAUGAUGUAACUGUGACUGCAAUAUUUUGGCUGAAAAGUCGAGGAAGGGGGGGACCAAUGGAAUUGGGCUCGGGAAAAUUGCUGCCUGCCCUGACCUACUUGUUAAAAAGGAAAAAAAAAAAAAUAAAAGCAUCAAUUAAAAGACUCCGAGAUGAAAAGAAUUCCCAUCCUGCUCCAGGGCUCACGAGCACUAAUCCUGCCAACCAAGCAGUCCAAAAGGAAGAAGGUUUUUAUUUCAUAUCCAGACUUCUUAUUCCAUGCAGGAAGAGACUCCAAGGUCAACUCGGAGCCGGAGUUCGGGGACCGGGAAGGAGGGUUGGCCCCGAUGGGUCAGACCUGGGGCAUCCAAACUCUCCUCUUGGCAGCACUUGGGGAUGGAAAAGCCAUUUUUCUCUUCCUUCCAGGCACUGGCAACGUCCCCCUCGGGGUUUUUCCAGAGUUUUUUUUACGGGCUUCUCUUCCGCUGCUCCGGGGAAUAUUCAGGACAUCCCGCUGCCCUGGAGGUGGAAUUCCAGCACCCACAGGGAAAAAGGCAGGGCAGAGCAUUCCUUGUUUCCCUCCUCUGGAUGCAGCAUCCCCAGGAGAUGCCAGUUGGGAGCCAAACCUUCAGCUCGGAGCCGACCGCGGGCAAUAAAUUUUCCAUUUACGAGCUCUCGGAGAGCUGAUGGAUUGGAGCUGUUAAAGCCCCAAAACCUGAGCAAUUCCUCUGGAGAAGGAAAAGCAAACACCUGGAGCACAGCUAUGGUUUGGUUCUUUCCUUAAAGGGGAAAAAAAAAAAAAAAUCAAAAUAAUUUAAAAAUCAAGAGCCUUUUUUCACCCCAGGCACUCAGGACUUGGCAUCUCCCCGAAGUUCAGGUGUUCCACAGAUCCCAGUUCAGCCUCUCCUGGGUUAUGGCACUUGGAUGGUGUUAUUUUUCCACCUGAAUCCUUCCUUAAUCCCCGUAUUUUCUCCUGAAUCCUCCCAGGAUCCUUUUCUGUAGUGAUUUAUACAAAUGCACACUACUUAGAAAGCCUGUUUUCCUCUAAAUUCGCAGCAUUUCAGAAUUCUUGGAUCCCUCCCAGCAUUUCUAGGGCUUGCAGGGGAAGAGGAAGAAUCAAAAUCUUGCUGUUACCAAGCGUUCCUGUUCAGAAAAACAGCAAAACCAAGGCCUAAAACUACUCCAAUUAACAGUUCAAAUGUAACUAUUUGGAAAAACAAACAAAAAAAGUUAAAUCCAGAGAAAAUUCUCUUUUGAAAGGAGAUCAGAUUUGGGGCAAAAACUGGGUGACAGAAUCCCUCUGAAUUCUUUCCACUUUGGGGAAAGAAGGAGAAAAAAUAAAAAUAAAAAUAAUAAUAAAAAAUAAAAUA